AUGAUGAUUUCAGGUGAAACAUCUCAAGUACUCUCCGUUACUUCAGAUGCAUCAAUGCAAGUUGGAAGUAGGCUGGUUCCACUUGCAAUUGGAGUCUCGCCUGUACAAUUAGAGAAUAUUGAAAUAUCACUUACAAAUUUGGGCAAACCUAUUAGUGGACCGAUGUCAUUGGUCUCUACUGUAUUAUAUCCUGCUCAGGUUGAGUUUCAAAGCACUCUUGUUGAUGGUCAGAAUGAAAUCGAGAUGAUUCCGAUUGAACAACUGGAAUAUAUCAAUUUGAAGAGCUCGAGAUCUGAAGCUAUGGUUCAGUACACCUCUUCCUCAUCCGAUGUCAUAACAAAGAUAAUAAUUCCCGAAAGACCUAAUUUUCUUCCAGCUAGCAUCAUUAUGGAAACCGGCCAAUUUGAUGGUCAUCACCGAAUGCCCCAUAUCACUUCCCAAUACUGGGUUUGUGAUCUCCUCAGCAACAGAAUGAGAAAUCAAACCAUUACCAUUAGGGCAAAGCCCGCUACCUUGGAUUAUUCCUCUGGAAAGUCAUAA